GAGAAAGAAAGCGACGUCGACUUCUGGACAUGUGCAAUCUUGUUUACGCAUGCGUAUGAGGCUCAUACAUAGCCAAUGAUAGGUCAGUGGUGUUAUAUACUUCUGUGGAGGAUGAGUGAACAAGAGCAUGUCGUCUUUCUGGAUUUCUUCGGGUGCGUACCUUCUAAAGAAGACCUUCAGAAUUCGUUAGCCAAGGUGGGCACUGCAAUUCAAGGAGCCAGGCUUUUAGUUGCUCUACGCCAUGACGUCAACACCGGUUUAGACUUGUCCGCACUGCUUCCUGGAAGUCCAACAGAGACCGUCAGCCACGCGGCGAAGAUCAAGUCUGUCUUGAUUGCGAAGGCGCGCCUGGAUGAUUUGCAGGUGAAGCGUCUUCGCAUUGUGACGGAUCCCGAUUGUGCCCAGUGGUGGAAGCGAGUCCAGGAAGUCUGCUUCACCCCGUGCUACAGCAUAGAUCAAAUCUACACUACCGUGCCAAAACGAACGGUGAAACCCGAUGGGGAUUCUGUCAGCUCGAUCGGAAACCAGGUUAGGGAUUUCUUUCGAAGCCUUCCCGCCGUUGGUCAAAUCGGCUUUCUCCGGUCACCGAAUAUUCCGGCGGAGGUGUUCGUCCACGGUUUCAGUACUAGGUUCGGCGGUUUGAGCUCUUACCCGGGAAUGAAGUCUCUAAAUCUGACAUACACUAUGAAAAAACCGGACCCAGAAGCUCUGAUCAAGGAAAACAUCCGACGCCUGGCGGACUUUGCGGGCUUUGACGGCGGAAACCUCCACGUAGCUGCGGCUACCCACGGCAUCCAGGUUUGGACAGUUGGAGAGGAAAAGCCAGCGGGAUACGACGCCGUCAUUUCCAACAUGCCCGGCGUUGUUGUUGCAGCGCCGUCGGCUGACUGCACGCUUGUGCUUUUCGCAGACCCGGUCAACAAAUGCUGCGGCGCGGCGCAUGCCGGCUGGCGUGGGACUAUGACGUCAGAGGGCAUUGCCAUGGCAACUGUGAAUGCUAUGAAAAGCAAAUUCGGCACGAAUCCGAAAGAUGUGUUGGUAGCCAUCGGCCCUUCCAUCGGUACAUGCUGCUACGAAUUCGGUGUAGAGGAGGCCAAACAAUUCGAAGAAUUUGACCCUAGCUGCAUUGUACACAAGCCUGAUCAUCCUAAACCCUUCGUGGACGUCGCCAGGACGAAUAAGCUUCAACUGCAGAGAGGAGGAGUCCCAGCAUCCAAUAUCGAUAUGUCUAAUACUCUCUGCACAAAAUGUCACCCGGACAAGUUUUUCUCCUACAGACGGGAUGGGACACCCUUUGGAAACCAAAUUGGCUUUAUUGGGAUUAAGCUGUAAUUCAUACAGAUUGCCAGAUUGUUUAAAAUGAGCUUGCACGAAAACGAAAUACUAGACGUUUAACAGUUCAAGCGUAACGUUGAUUCCUGGAGACGUCGAUCACAGCUUUGUUCAGAUAUCUUUUGAGUUGAAUUCAUCAAGUGGAAAUCGAGCUAUAGCUUAUUACCUUUUCACAACGCUACAUUUUCAGGCAUUCCAUGUUCCGCAAAGCCUUUGGAGAAAUUAUCCGUGGUAUUCUGCCACCAACUAAGAAAGCAUUUCAGUUCUGUCACUGGUGUACCAAGUUUGUUUUCUUUUCAUCUCGAUAUUUCUGUUUAUAUUUUUUGUUUUUUUUAUAUAUAUUUUUGAGAUGGUACAUACAUUCAUUAAAUUGUCUAUCCUUUUAUAAUUGGCCUAACGCUUGACCACUGUCUAUAAUCGCCAUUUGGCUUGAUCAUGGUGGAUCAUAGUUGAUUUUCAACUGUAUGUUGAUUAUUAUUGAUUUUUUUUGUCCUGAUUUGUCGAGACUCCUGAAUAAAUAUCAAUCAA